AUGGCGGAUGGAGGCAGCGGCGACGAUGACGACGCAUCUUGGCGCUCGCGGCGGCGACCGUUCGCCUCGCCUGCCGCUUGGAGCCGCGGCCAUGGUCGGCGCCGGUCAGCUCAGGAGGGCCAGGCUCGGGAUGGCGGCGAGGAAAGAAACGAGGAGAGGACAGGAGGAGCAGGAGAUCCCGAUCCGGGGCCUUCGGGCGGGAGAGGCUCAGAGAACGAGGCCGACGAGACGACGCGGAGGCUGCUCCGCCAGCAGUACCGGGAGCUGAUCUCCAGCGUCCAGCAGAAUCGUGAGAUGAUGCUGAGCACCAGAAAUGAUAAAUUGACGGAAGCUCUGGAAGAUGCUAAUAAAUUGUUUACUGGAGUGUCUCGGGCAAGGGAGGCUGCUUUGGAUGCUCAAUUCCUAGUUUUGGCUUCAAAUCUAGGAAAGGAAAAAGCAAGCCAGUUGCAGUCAGAUAUGACAGUUUUUGAUCCAUCUGCAUUUGCUGAAGAUUUAUUAACAUUUAUGGGCUUAAACCGCCUGGAAAGGGACGGAAGUGAUAGUGAAGAGGAGCAGGUUGUUGGUGGAUUUUUACCAAGUAAUGCUUGGCAUAAACUUGGUGAUGAAGCUAAAAAAUACUUUAGAAGAGCACCAGUUUUCCACUUCAUGUUGGGAACUUUUACUGCUGAUCCUCCUGUGGAGAGGCCGCGAAUUGAGAGGCAACGAAAGAAGGCAGGGUCAGAUGAAGGAAGAGCAAUGCCAGCACAGCUGAAGAAAAUGGAGGAAUCUCAUCAAGAAGCUACAGAAAAAGAAGUAGAGAGAAUCUUGGGAUACUUACAAACUUAUCAUGCGCAAGAUCCUGAUAAUCCAAUACCCUUUCUUGAGUUUGUAACUGAUCCAAAUUCUUUCGCACGAACUGUGGAAAACAUGUUUCAUGUAUCAUUCCUAAUAAAGGAUGGACAUGCAAGAAUAACAAUAGAUCAGGACAGGCUUCCUAUAAUAGAGCCCUUAAAUCCAAACGAAGGAGAAAAUGACCAGGAUUCUCAAGUCCGGAAACAAGCAGUUAUAUCAAUGAGCUAUCAAGAAUGGCAGAGGACAGUGGAGGCUUUUGAAAUUUCAGAACCCCUGAUUCCACCUGCCCCACAGACACAUGGAAUGGCGCCAAUCUGAAUGUAAGGUACCUAAUCACAGAAUUAUGUUAUUUGUAAUGAUACUUUGUGUUGCUUACUUUCAAACAUAAUAAAGCUUGCUUUGUGGUGAGUUGUUUUCUAGAGCAAGACUUAAUCUUUUCAAA